AUGUCAAAAUACAAAACUACGUUUGUAUUACAAGGCAAACUUAUACAAAACCUACAUUUUGGGCCAUAUGCUAGAAAUUAUUCAUCAGAAGCAAUUACUUCUAUAUAUCAGCAAGCUUUUUCUACAAAAACUAGAUUAGAUGGUCUAUUAGUUAUAGGUUAUGAUGAUUCAGAGAUAUGUGAAAAGUUACUUUCCGAUAUUUAUUUUCAUCCUUAUACUUUUACAAAUGGAAGCAUAAACUUGACUAUUUUUGGAAUUGAAUUUAAUAAUAAAGAAGCGAUUGUUAGAAUUUAUCAAAAUUUUCAAGAAAUUCAGAUUUUUCAUAAUACUAACCCUAACUCCGUUUGGAAUAAAAUUGGUCUAUUAGCACAAUUUACAGGAAGCAUGCUAUUUGGACUUGAAUAUGAACGAACGAAGUCAGAAAUUAGCAAAGAACUAACCCUUUCGUGUACUGUAGAGAAUUGGCAAAAUGAACAAAUAAUGAAUACUCUUUUUAAUUAUCAUUUAAGAAAAAAUAUCAAUAUAUCUAUAAAAUGGAAAAAAUUUUUUAUUAGCUGGCAAAAUCAAGAAAGUAAUCUUAUUGAAUUAACAACAAAAUUACAAGAAAUAUACCCACCAAACUAUACUAUUAAAGACUGUGAAUUGCGUGCCUGGAGAACCUUAUUACACUAUACAGGCUGUACCAACAUAACACCUUCUAGAAAGGAAUCUACGGAUUUUAAGUCUGCUGUAAAAAUAUCAACCAUGAAAACAUCAGUAAAAAGUUAUGAGUGA